GUUUUUAACGCUGACGAGCAUCUUUCAGCGUCACUGUCCAUCCAUAUAGCCUAUCUGAUAGGAAACUGAAACCAGUUAAAUCCAACCUGAUAGCAAAUUGGAAUAAAUCGGAGAACUUGCUUUUGCUUCCAUUCCUUCUCUGAAAAAUGAGCAGCCGACGGCGACGAUGCAAGCGUCAGUUGAUCAAGUUUACCCAGCAUAUUGCUCGCUUAAUCACAGGAACUCUGAACUCAGAUAAUGAGGACGAAGAACAAGAGAGCACAACGGUGCGGUAUCACCCUGAAAAUCUGGAGCAACUGCAGUCGCAGACCCACUUCUCCAGACAAGAGCUGCAGUUACUCUAUAGAGGAUUCAAGAAUGAAUGUCCAAGUGGAGUUGUGAAUGAGGACACAUUUAAAAACAUCUAUGCUGUGUUCUUCCCACUGGGAGAUUCAUCAAAGUACGCUCAGUUUCUCUUCAAUGCAUUUGAUAAAGAUAAGAAUGGCUCUCUUAGUUUUGAGGAGUUAGUCUGUGAUCUCUCUGUUUUGUUGAGAGGCACUACUGAAGAGAAGCUGAAUUGGGCUUUCAAUCUAUAUGACAUCAACAAAGAUGGACAGAUUACUAAAGAGGAAAUGUUGGAUAUUUUGAAGUCUAUUUAUGAUUUGAUGGGGAAAUCUAUCCAUCCACGGCUCAAAGAGGAGGCAGUGAGGCAACACGUCAGAAUUUUCUUCCAAAAAAUGGACAUAAACCAGGAUGGUGUAGUAACUAUUGAUGAAUUCAGUGACUGCUGCCAAAAAGAUGAAAAUAUCUUGCAGUCUCUUAAGAUUUUUGACAAUGCAGUCUAGAUGUUAGUCAGGAAUUCAACCAGUACUUGGACAAUUGUAUUAUCCAAUUCUCAUUGGAUAAUUUAAUAUUUUCUGUGCUGCUGUUCUGGAAUGCUCUAGACAGCUCUGGACAACUCUGGACUGCUCCAGACUUCUGUGAACUGACUGCUGAAUGUAUACAUACCUAGGCAGAAGUUUGGGGCUCUAGUGUGAUGCAAAUGUAAGGUACAUGUUAGUGGUAGAACAGCACCUGCUUUUACUAAACAACAUCAGUGUUCUAGUAUUGUAAUGUGCUUCUGUGGUUACUAACAUGGCUAAUUUUUGGGUGCACUAACUAGCUGUUUAAUACUAAAUGUAUCACACUUUUUAUUUUCCACAGCUGAACUCUAAGUAGGCCUACUCUUGGUAUACUUGGGUAGAGAUUCAAAGCACGUUUAAUCCUAAACUUUUAAAAAUUUAAUCCAAAAGAUGAAUAAUUUGUGAGAGACUGGGUUUACUUGAAAUUCUCAAGGUCAGGCUAGAACCAUGCAUCUAAAGUGGACACCCACUUUUCUUGACGUCAAAUACGCAAAUUGUUUUUAAAGUAACACU